AACCUGUUUUCUUCGACGCCUAGUAACCAUCACCCUCUCCCACCCAUCCGUAAACUGGUAUUCCAUUUGAAUGAAGCUGGAUAUACCAUUCGUAUUUCAAGAUAGCUGGAUUGCAAAUGAGGUAAUUAAUUCAAUUAACCCAAGUAGAACGUAUACCAGUCCGUUGGUACGGAAAGAUUUCAAAUCAACAACAUUGAAAAUCUCAUCAAUAUUAAGAAUAUGUCGAUUUUUGAAGACCACUCAAAGCAAUAACAUCACAGCUAUACUAGCAGAUUCAACUCAUAAGAUAUUGGCAUAUUUCCCAUUUAAACCAACAAUUGUUGAGUUUGAGAACCAACAUUGUAAGAGAAUCACAUAUGGUACAACAAAUAACUUGAUUGAUGUUAGUAGGGCCAACCUAUUAUUUGUCAAUGGCUCUGAACUUCAACAGGACUAUGACCUAACUGGCAGUUGGGAUUUUGAUUUUGUAGUUUUGGAAGUGCUUGAGUUUAAUAUCUUCCAACUGGACCAAAUAACGUUCACACUUGGUGUUGAAAACAGUUUCAAGUUUGUGUAUGAUGAACCAAUUUACCAACGAGUUUGUAAGAGGAGGGAACCAAGAAACUUGCUUGAUUUAAUGGAGGUGUAAGAGAAAAGGGGUGGAAAUCUAGACAGCAUUUUAAAUUUUGUUUGUGUACGCGGGUGAAAACGU